AUGGUCAAGGCUUGGGAAGAGUGGAAGCAUGGCUUCGCAAACAUCAUCGAAUGUCUGGCGGGACACGCAACCAGCAGUCCACCGGCUCGACUCCUCGAAGACGAAGCUUUCGAGAGCGCCAUCAACGAUUGGUCUUCCUGGGACAACAGAAAGAGAGAGGAGCUAUUCAACACCGUUAUUCUUUCGGCUCUGUGGUUCUGUCCUGGUAGAGCAGUUGAUGUCCUGCAGACUAUCACACAGGAUUGGCAGCCGCCAGCUUAUGCUAUGGUAGAUGCCAUCCACUUCCUCGCCAUGUGGCAAAUAGAGCUUCGCGGAGAUGAACUCCAGACUCACGCUGCAGCUCUGUGUGACUUCGUGUUGGGGCGCGAGUUUCUCGUGCGCAGGCGCGAUAACGGGCGUUUCGAAAACAUGCGUUUGCGACAAAACACCAUCCACAACCUUAUGAGAUAUGUCGACCCUGCACGAAUACAUGCCCUAUACGAAGUCUUAUCUAAACAGGGGCAUCCGCUGCAUCUGAACACCCUCUUCAAAUUUGCUCAUCGCUUAUCUUCGGCGCCGGUCUACAAGCAAGCGUCACUUGAAAUAGCUAUCCGCGCAAUGCAAGCAGAGGGCAAAGGAAAAGGAAAAGGACAGGCCAACGGAGACCUCCAAGGUUCAGCUUGGCGAAGUCUUUGUACAUCGAUAUUGUCUUUGAAUCCUGGAGACGUCGCACACGGCGAGUUCUCGGCCGCGGAUGCGUUUAGCGUGCUGCUUGAGCAUGGUUUCGUUCCCAACAUGAUCAACUACACGGCAAUGAUUCGGAACCUUUGCUCGUCGGGCGCGACUGAAAAGGCUUGGAAAGUUUACGAGGCGAUGAAGGGGAGUGGUAUCGAGCCAGAUUCGGUACUCCUCAGCACCUUGCUUGACGGCGCCAAGAUGGAAAACUUGUCAGGGGUCAUCAACAAGAUUGUGGAGGAAGCCAUCCGACUCAAAGCUGUGGACACCGUCUUUAUGAAUGACCUCUUGUACUCGAUCCUUCACUUUUCUGAACUUGAGGCCAGUGAGAAGCGGAAGCUAGGCCGGGCUAGCGUCAUACCAGCCUUCGGCCCUAUGCUUUACUACUACUCCAAAGCCUUCAACCUAGCCCCUCUGCAGGCUCUUAUUCCUAUGAACCUCUCAAUGCACAUUCAGCAGUACGGAAACAACUUGCCCCCAGAACGGCAGUUGGCUCGGCAGGUGUUUCCCGGUCUCGACGCAGCUACUUCCGCGGUCAGGAAAAAGAUGGACCCGACAGCAUCCACGCUGGGUAUCAUGUUCAUCGCCUUCGUCAAGAAUCUCGCGCAACCGAUUAAGCUCAUCUCCUUAUACGCCUACCUCCGACAACUGAUCAUCAACAGGCAUCCCAUGGCAGUACAGCACGUUAAAGAGAAGGGCACCUUCAUGUACGACGUAAUUCUCAAGGCCCUCAUGGGGCACAAACACAUGCAGCGACCAGCACUGGACAUCGUCGGCGACAUGCUCCAUGAUACCCUCGGGGAACGGGAGGCCAGCGAGAAAGAAACAAACGCCAGCCAAGAAACACAACUCCAUCCACCCCCGAGCAUUUACACCUGGAAUAUUCUUCUUGCCGGUUUCCUAUUCAACCGAGACAAGGAGACCGGCGGCAGGAUUCGCACGAUGAUGAUGCAAAAGGGCGUCGAGCCGAACGAAGUCACCUGGAAUACCCUCAUUUCAGGCUACGCUGGGCUGCAGGAUGUCGGAAAGACAGUGCAAUCGCUGAAAAGCCUCGAGCGUGCCGGCUAUGAGGCGAGUGAUUUCACCAUCAGGGGUUUCUCGAGGUUGGUGAACAAGGAGAGGGCGUUUCACCACAUGGAGAAGGGUUUGGAUCUGGCCAAGGUCAAGGAGAAUGCGGCAACCAUGACGAGUCUGGAGCAAGCCGCGCCAGACAAUAUCGGUUCCAGUGCCUGGAGAGUGAACCUGGACGACCGACCUCCAAACACGCCGAGGCACCCCGUUCGGAUCGUCAAGGUGAAGUAUGGGAACCAGUUGUUUCGAAAGAUUGAACGACCGGGACCAGUGUCUGAGAAGACAAGCGAGCAAGGGAUGAUUAGAUAUGUAUAA